AAGAGAGAGAGAGGGAAAGAUUGGAACUUUGAAACCAAAAUCAGUUCAUCAAUCUCACAAUGCCUGUGUUGAGAACGAGAGCCAAAUGUUCGAUUCCCAUCUCAAACCCUAAUCCAACAGUCGGAGGAGGAAACUCAAACGUCUCGAUCUACGAGAAAUGCAGAGAAGACAGGAUCAAGGAGAAUCUUCAGAGGAUGCAGAAUCUCGGCAUCUUCGAUCUCUCUCUCAAACUCAAAUCCGAUAUCCGACCCGCCAAAAGGCGUUACUGUAACUCUAAUCCGAAUCCGGGUCGAGAUACUCCUCCUCUUCAGCUUUCCGUCUCCACUAGACGAUCCUCAAGAUUGAAGCAGGAACCGCCAGUUACUCGGAGAUCCUCGAGGUUGAAGAACGCAACGCCAGUUAGCUACGCAGAGGAACCUGAGAAGAAGGGUAAAGCAUCUAAAGAAGAGAGUGUUUUGUGGGUAGGAGAAGGCGUAAGGCCAGAGAUUUACACUGAGGAACAUGAGAAACUGUUAGGUAACACAGAACGAACUUGGGAGCUAUUUGUCCAUGGUUACGACAAAGAUGGGAAACGGAUUUAUGAUCCUGUUAGAGGAAAGACUUGCCACCAGUGCAGGCAGAAGACGCUCGGUUAUCAUACCCAAUGCAGCCAGUGUAACCCUUCGGUUCGAGGUCAAUUCUGUGGAGAUUGUUUAUAUAUGAGAUAUGGAGAACAUGUUCUUGAAGCUCUGGAAAAUCCGGACUGGAUUUGUCCAGUCUGCCGCGAUAUCUGCAACUGCAGUUUAUGUCGUACACAGAAAGGGUGGCUCCCAACUGGCCCAGCUUACAGGAAGAUACUUAAACUCGGGUACAAGUCUGUUGCACAUUAUCUGAUUCAAACCAACAAGCAGUCGGAAACAAGUGAGGAUGAUGAAACUGAAGGCGCUGCAAAUAGUCAAGGUUCUGCUAAGAGAUCGCUUUCUUUUAAAGAAGCAAAGGAAUCAUCAGAAGAAGAUCACCUCCUUGUCAUAACUGAUGGGAUUCAGGACAAUCACAUUGACGAGAAUCUUGAUGAUGAUGGCACAAAUAAGAAUCCGGAUUCAGCUAGAAAGUCAUUAAGCUUCUUGUCUUCUGGGGACAACCAAACUUCAGUGAUUGAUGGUCAUGUUCUAGGUGAUGUCAAGCCAUUAGAUGUGAACGAGAUGGAUCCACCUGUGAUCAUCGAUCUUGAGGGUCAGUGCUGUGAGACUGAGAGAAGGGCUAACUCUGCAAACAAAGAGAACCGAGAAACAAGAAGCAAGCGAAAGAUGUCUCUUGAACCAAACCCAAAUAGUAUUGGUGGAAGACUGAGACAACGUCGUAAGAUUCAAGCUUGAAUGAGAGAAAGAAGUUUCAAAAGACUGUGAAUGGAACUCUGCUUUUGCUGCCUGUACUCUCAGGCUAAUCAAAUGGAAUCUCUUUU